CCAACCGCCAAAUGGGAGGGUCGCGCCUGCGCCAGGAAGCCGCUCGGGUUCUCGGCGCUGCCGAGUAGCCGUUCUCCGUGGGUCCUCCUGCUGGCCUCGGUCGUUCAGGACUGGUUCCUCACUUGGGUAUGACUGAAGAACCCUUACUCUUCGCACACCCUAAGACGACAAAAGACUGGGAGAAAGAGCAGGCUUAAUCAAGGUGACGUCUCUGAGCAGUACCCCGCGCGCCCGACCCGGCAGUUCAGAUUAAGGAACGCCUGUAUCCUGCUUCUUUCUAUCAGCGGCGUCUAGUUGUGCUAAGGAUUCGUCAUGCAGCCGCCGCCUCAGGCAGCCCCGUCAGGCGUGGUCGGGCCACCUCCAGCCGGGACUCCGCAGAGCAUGUUCUGGUCCAACAGACCAUACAGGAGACAGGCAAAUAGUAACGCCCCAGUGACCCCGAUCACUUGCCCGCUGCAACCGGUGACGGAUCCGUUUGCUUUUAGUAGACAGGCGCUGCAGAAUACACCGUCGGGCACUUCGUCCAAAUGCAGCACGCCCAUUUUGCAGGGCCCGGCCCCGCCAGCGUUCCUUCAGCGCCCUGGUCUGCCUGUGCCCCACACGAAUGCUGGGGAUACCUCCCAGGGACCUGUGUCGCGGUCCACAGCGGACGCCACUCUGUUUUCAGGUGUGUCAACACCUUUAGCACCACCGGAACCCCACCUGAGCAGGAGCGCCGAGCUUGCUCCCAGCUCGGAACCCGAAGUGCAGGCCCUGCCGUACCCUCACCUUCCAGGAGCUGGCGCUGACGGUUCUCACGGGGGCCAUCCGCACAUGAAUGUGCUUGGGCCUGAGAGACCCCUGAGUCAGCAGAACCUGCACGACAGUGCUAUGGCACCAGCGCUGGCCCCUUUCUUCCCUCAGCCGUGUCAGCAAAUGGCAGGGCAGUGGGGGCCGGGGCAGGGAGGCCCGCAGCCCUCAGGUCUACCUUAUUGGCCCCGCCCAGAAGGACCUGCUCAGAGCGCAGCGCCCCACGCGUCCAGCGUUUCCCACUACCCUGCUCCGUCCAACCCUUAUCAUGGUUCCAGCCACGAGCAGCCCAGCCCACAGGUGUCUCUGCUGGGACCCUUGGCUGGUGACGGGAGCAACGAGGCGGCCUACUUGCAGAGUGGAAACCAGCCAGCAAACAACUUUGAUCCUGAAAUUGCGUUCAGGCAAAAUUCUAGGGCUGGGAAUACUCGGGCCAGCCAGGAGCUCAGGCCAGACCCAGGAGUGAACAAAGAGCAGCUGCCAGACCCUGUUCUCGUUGAUCCCCUCGCUCAGGGAAAUAUCCCGGAAAGCCAUUUGCACUACCCCCCAGGGGCCGACGCCAGCCGGGGCCUGCUGGAAGGGGACUCGGGGGCUCUCUCCAUGUUCUUCCACGGUGGGGAGACGGAAAAUGAGGAGAACCUCUCAUCUGAAAAAACAAGCUUCGCUGGUCGGUCUGACUUGGAUGGUUCCUCCCCCAGCCCUGGACUUGGUCAUGCUCCUGCACGUGUGGGGGCCGGUGGCAUUUACCACGCCUUUCCCAGAGGUUCCAGCGAGGCCACGCAGCAGGGUGGACACCCGCAGCCUUAUUUCUCACAGUCUGCAGGCAUCCAGCCUGAUAGGCCAGCCACGGCAACUGCCGCCAGCGCCGUGUGGGGCAGCACAGCGGCCGCAGGGGCUCACGAUGCUGGCAGCUCACAGUAUGAGAACGUGGAGGACUUAGAGUUCAUUCAGAAUCAGGAGGUUUUGCCAAGUGAGCCCCUAAGUUUGGACCCUUCCGCCCCAGGUGAUCAGCUCAGAUACGGUCCCCUUCCUGGGCCAGCAGUCCCCAGGCUCGGUGUUGUGGGCCAUGCUGGAGGUGGGGGCCCAAAUCUUGAGGCCCCGGAUUCAACGCCACACCCUGUACGAUCCGAUAGUGUGUCAUCGAGUUACAGCAGCAAGAGCCACAGGAAUCUUUCAAGUGCCGCCAGGCCUCAAGACCUGGUGGGCACUUUCAUUCAGCAGGAAGUUGGAAAACCUGAAGAUGAGUCUUCGGGGAGCUUUUUCAAGCAAAUCGAUUCUUCUCCCGUAGGAGGUGAGACCAACGAGACCGCCAGGAGCCAGAGUCACCGCAGCAGCCUGUCCCAGCCCUCGACCCCAAGCCCCCCCAAACCCACCGGAAUAUUUCAGACAAGUGCAAAUAGUUCUUUUGAGCCAGUGAAAUCCCACUUUGUUGGAGUAAAACCAGUUGAGGCCGAUCGAGCCAAGGUGGUGGGGGAGGUGAGGGGGGCCAGAGCCCACCAGAAGAAGCCCAGGCCGGCUGCCGCACCGCCGGACACCUGCUCCGGCAACCUGGAGCAACCUCCAGACAACAUGGAGACCCUGUGCACACUCCCAGCUGGUUCCCUGCCCUUGACCGGACCCCUGGAGGCCGAGCAUGGGCUUGGGUAUGCGGGGGGGCUGCCCUCAGAAACUCUGCUUCUGGCGGCUGAGAAGAGGCCCUUGGCUAGGGCGCAGGGAGCGGUGAAGUGCGAGAGCCCAGUGACAACCUUGUGGGCACAGAAUGAGCUCCCGGAUUUCGGAGGCAGCGUGCUUCUGGCCCCGGCCGCCCCUGCGCUGCAUGCGCCCGUGAGGCCUCAACCCUCCGAGGUGAUUCAGCCUCCCGAUGAGGGGCUGUCCGGUCAGCAGUCCCGGCAGCCUGGCCCUGGCCUCCCCUUGCAGAGCAGGGACAGCCUCGGUGCUUCCGAGAACCUCGAGAACCCUCCCAAGGUUGGAGAAGAGGAGGCCCUCCCGUCGGCGGCGAGCUCUGGCUACGCCAGCCUCUUGUCCUCGCCACCCACUGAGUCUUUGCAGAAUCAGCCAGUCUUGAUCGCCCAGCCUGAUCAAAGCUAUAAUUUGGCUCAGCCCAUUAAUUUUUCUGGGUCCUUAUCGAGUCCUAAUGAGAAGAAUCCGUCCUGGAGAGAUGCUUCGGUGGGGGAUACACUGACGGCAGGCAGCCGGACUGUUGGGGGGGACUCUGGAGAAAGCGUGCCUGUGUCGGGGAUCGCGGCCGGCUCGCUCACCCGCUCGCCUCUGCCUAAGAGUCUCCCGCAGAGCAGCUUUCCACAGGCUCCCGGCGCUUCGGAAACCGUUUCUAGUCCACCUGCUAAUGUGCUGGUUCAGCCGCCACUUCAUCCAGUUCCAAAGAACUUGCUUCCAGAAAGCCAAGAGGUUCAUCAUGCAGAGAACGUUCUUCCCGAGUUGGUUAGGAGCCCUGCUGGAACCACAGGUGUGAUGUUAGUGCCACCUGCAAACGCUACCUCGGUAUCUACUGGUAAUAAAGCAGACCCUUCCGGUGAUCGGGAAGAAACUUCCGGAGCCCUAGACUUCACACUGAAUAGGACUUUGGAAAACCCUCUAAGGAUGUAUACCCCGUCCCGUUCUGACAGCCCAACUUGUGUGCAGACGGUCACCAGCCAUCCCAGGCAGCCCGGGCCAGGGGCAUGCAGCCCAGACCCUUUCUACCAACAGGUGACAAAAGAUGCUCAGGACCAGUGUGGCCUAGAGAGAGCCCAGCAGGAGCCCUCGCCGUCCCCCCAGCGAGGGCCCCGGGGAACGUGUUCAGAACCUUCGAACCCCGGAAGUCCGCCAGUACAGGGACAGCCCCCAAAUGCAGUCCCACCGCCCGGAAGUCCAGCUCCAGCUGACACGGGUCAGCAGCUGCCGCCUCGGCCACCGCGGUCCUCCAGCGCAUCCGUCGUGUCCAGCAGCUCCAGCCAGGCGGCGGCGCGGUUGGAGCCGCAGUGGCUGCAGCCGCCGCCCCCAGACUUGGCAUCUUACUACUAUUACAGACCCCUGUACGAUGGCUACCAGUCCCAGUACCCCUCGCCCUACCUGCCGGACCCCAGCACGGCCUCUCUCUAUUACCAGCAGGAUGCCUACGGCCUCUACGAGCCCAGAUACAGGUCCUACGACAGCGCCGUGUCUGCCUACGCCGAGCGCUACCGCUGCCCUGAGCCCGAGCGGCCCAGCUCCCGGGCAAGCCACUGCUCGGACCGGCCGCCUGCCAGGCAAGGCUUCCCCGAGGCGCACUGCGGCUCCAAAGGCGGGUGGAGCAGCCACAGCGACUACUACGCAGGCUACUACUCCGGCCAGUAUGACUACGGAGACCCAGGCCGCUGGGACCCGUACCACUACGGCUCCAGGUUCAGGGACCCCCGCGCCUGUGACCGGAGGUAUUGGUAUGAUGCGGAAUACGAUUCGUACAGGAAGGAAAACUACACUUUCGGGGACAGGCCCGAGAGGUACGAUGACCCCUGGAGAUACGACCCGCGCUUCACCGGCAGUUUCGACGACGACCCCGAGCCCCACAGGGACCCUUACGGGGAAGAGGUGGACCGGCGCAGCGUGCACAGCGAGCGCUCGGCCCAGAGCCUGCGCAGCAGCCUCAGCUCCCGUUCGCGCCAGAGUCAGAUUUACAGAAAUCACGGCGUGACUGCUGCCUCCUAUGAGGCCCCGCCUCCCCCGGACUCCUUGCCUGGCGAUUAUGCCUACGGCAACAAUUUCGGCAGCGCCCAGGGCUUCCCGGAGUAUGGCUACGCUGCCGAAGCCGGCUGGCCCACCGUGGAGCAAGCUCCGUCAAGACCAACUUCUCCUGAGAAGUUCUCGGUGCCUCAUGUCUGUGCCAGGUUCGGUCCUGGGGGUCAGCUCAUUAAAGUGAGUCCAAACCUGCCUUCAGAAGGGCAGCCUGCGCUGGUCGAGGUCCACAGCAUGGAGACACUGCUGCAUCACACGCCGGACCAGGAGGACAUGCGCUCUUUCCCGGGGCCGCUCGGCAAAGAUGACACCCAUAAAGUGGAUGUUAUUAAUUUUGCACAGAACAAAGCUGCAAAAUGUUUGCAGAACGAAAAUUUAAUUGACAAAGAGUCUGCAAGUCUCCUUUGGAAUUUCAUUGUUCUCUUGUGCAGGCAGAACGGGACCGUGGUGGGGACCGACAUCGCGGAGCUCCUGCUGCGAGACCACCGGACGACCUGGCUUCCUGGGAAGUCCCCCAACGAAGCCAACCUGAUUGAUUUCACUACCGAGGCAGUGGAGCAGGUGGAGGAGGAGGAGUCGGGGGAGGCCCAGCUCUCCUUCCUCACGGACGGCCACGCAGCUGCCGCCGGCGCGCUCGAGAAGGAGACGGAGCGGUUCCGGGAGCUGCUGCUCUACGGCCGCAAGAAGGAUGCCUUAGAGUCCGCGAUGAAAAAUGCCUUGUGGGGACACGCUCUCUUACUGGCCAGUAAGAUGGACAGCCGGACACACGCCCGGGUCAUGACCAGGUUCGCCAACAGUCUUCCGAUCAACGACCCCCUGCAGACCGUGUACCAGCUGAUGUCGGGCCGGAUGCCUGCUGCGUCCAUGUGCUGCGGAGACGAGAAGUGGGGAGAUUGGAGGCCGCACCUUGCUAUGAUUUUGUCCAACCUGAGCAGCAGCGUGGAUGUGGAGUCCAGGGCGAUGACCACCAUGGGCGACACUCUAGCUUCGAAAGGCCUCUUAGACGCCGCACACUUCUGCUACCUCAUGGCCCAGGUCGGCCUAGGGGUUUAUACAAAGAAAACCACGAAACUUGUUUUAAUCGGAUCGAAUCACAGUUUGCCGUUUGCCAAGUUUGCGACCAACGAAGCUAUUCAGAGGACGGAAGCCUAUGAAUAUGCCCAGUCUCUCGGGGCGCAGACCUGCUCCUUUCCCAACUUCCAGGUGUUCAAGUUCAUCUACUCGUGCCGCCUGGCGGAGAUGGGGCUGGCCACGCAGGCCUUCCAUUACUGCGAGGUGAUUGCCAAGGCCGUCCUGGCGCAGCCCGGCGCGUACUCCCCGGUGCUCAUCAGCCAGCUGGCCCAGGUCGCUUCGCAGCUGCGGCUGUUCGACCCUCAGCUGAGAGAGAAGCCCGAAGAGGAGUCCUUCUCGGAGCCCGCCUGGUUGGCCCAACUGCAGCAUGUGGAGAAGCAGGUCAAGGAGGGCGCCGCGCCGUGGAGUCCGGGCGGGGCCUUCUCCCAGCGCUGCCCCAGCACGCCCAGCCCCGAGGCCGGGCAGCACGCAGGCCCGGCACCCGCCCAGCCGGGCAACCCGCUGCUGGCGCCGCCCGUGCCCAGCACCGAGCGCUUCGGCCAGGGCGUGCGGCUGCUGCCUUCAGCUCCACCGACGCAGCCCGACAGCCAGCCGGCCCUCCCCACCAGGGUGCCGUUGUUCCCGGUGGGCCCAGUGGAGCCGGGGCCUGGCUGUGGACCCUCAGGGCCUGCACUUGGCUUCCUAGAGCCCCCUGGGCCUGACGCCACAGCUCUGUACCCAGGACCUGGCCUGCCCGCUGGUGCACCGUCUCUGCAGGAAAGUGAGCGCUUGCCCCCGGAGGCUGGAGGCCAGGACCCAGGGCUGACGGCACAGGAGGCUCGUGGGAGAAACUUGCUUCCGGAGCGGAGAGAAGGCGGUUUGGGCGGGAAAUUUGCUCAUCCGGGCUCUUCCAGGACAUCCCAGGACUCCGAGGUCCCUCCGGCGUGGGAGCGUGCAGCCCCCGGCGCCCUGCAGCCGCCUGUCACACCGCCUGUCACACCCGCGCCCGAAGGGAAGAGGCCUGCGCCAGCAGCCGGGAAGGAGGCCAAGGAGCCUAAGAAGAGCGGCGAGUCCUGGCUGUUCCGGUGGCUGCCCGGGAAGAAGAGGACAGAAGCGUACCUGCCCGACGACAAGAACAAAUCGAUCGUCUGGGAUGAAAAGAAGAACCGAUGGGUGGAUGUGAAUGAGCCAGAGGAGGAGAAGAAGGCUCCGCCCCCACCGCCAACCUCCCUCCCCAAGGCUGCGCAGGCUGGGCCCCCCGGUCCCGGAGGCCCCCCGAGAGCCUCCGUGAACAUAUUUUCCAGGAAAGCAGCUGGAGCCCGAGCGCGCUACGUGGACGUGCUGAACCCGGCGGGGCCGCGGCGGGGUGAGCCGGCUCUCGCGCCCGCCGAGUUUUUCGCUCCUCUUGCCCCGAUGCCAAUUCCUGCCCACUUGUUCGGACCAAACACGGACGCAGAGGACGGCCUGCCCACGGAGGGGGCCGGCGGGGAGGGGCAGGCGCCCGCUGGGGGGCCCAUCCAUCCAGAGCCUGCACCGGAGCCCCAGGCGUUGGGCUCGCCGGUGCCGCUCCCUGGCCCUGAACGCCCGCCUGCCCACGAGGACAGUCCCCAGGGAGGAGAGGUGAGGGGCCCCGCCCCCCGGUGCCUGCCCGCAGCUGGGCCGGGGACCCCGCCGCGGCGACUGGCGAGGAGGGAGAGGCCGUGGAGCAGCUUUCGGGACUUGAAAGUGUUGUCGUGACCCCACGCACAAGCAGUGACACUCGUGCCGGCGCGAUUGCAGGGGAGCCGCGCACAGAGCAGUGCCACGCUCACGCUCCUCCAGCCCCCCUGACUGACGGGUGUUUUGUAAAAGAUGUGCUGCAAUGCUGCUGACUUAUUUUUGAGAGAGAGAGAGACAGAGCGUGAGCAGAGGAGGGGCAGAGAGGGAGACAGAAUCUGAAGCA